GUUGUGUGUGAGCCGAGCUCCAGUCCUUAAAUCCGCCAUCGACCCCGAGAAGCUCCUCUCUCUCUCUCUCUCUCUGUGUCUCUCUCCCGUUUCACGUUGCUCCUGUGUUGAGCUCGCGCAUGUAAAAACAGGGGAGGCUCUGCUCUUUCCCCUGAACUGCUGCGACGACCAUUGAAAUUCCCCCCCCCGUUGAAACGUCCCGGAUUUUCGCUGCUUUUUGAAGGCCCCUUUUCUCUCUCUGUGCGUGUGUGUGUGGGGAGAAAGUACCUCUCAGGGCCGCCGUCUUUCGGGGUUGCUUUUGGCGGAGCGAAUUGGUGGCGCAUUAAUACGAGCGCCGAAGCUCCUCCCCCACCGAGCGCAGCGCAGAUUUUGUGCCGUCUUUUGCCUCCCAUUAUUUCGACCAUUUAAGAGCCCCCACUCCCUCUCCAACCUCUCUGCAGCACCGCCCGUCUCUGCCUUUUUCUCUCUUUCCUUUUGUUCUGUAAAGCCCAGCGAGGUACCUCGACAGAGCGGGGGGAAAAGCGAGAAGCAGAGCCAGCGAGCGAGCGAGCGGCCUUGGAGAACACGGCCGGUCCUUUUGCUCGCGGGUCAAGAAGGUGACAUUUCGGCGACGAGAUACGACAGAGACGUGGGGAGUGCGCACAACGAAGGAAAUGUUGGGUCAGAAGCAAGCAGCCGAAUCGGAAGCUAUCGUCUCCAACGCGAGCGAGGCGGAGCUCAGCCACGCCAAGGACGGCCACGACAGGGCGCUGGAGGAUGGCGGGGAGGACGAGACCUCCUCCUCCGUGCUCAGCGUCAAGAGCUUACUCUGGCACGGCGGCUCCGCCUGGGACGCCUGGUUCAGCUGCGCCUCCAACCAAGUGGCGCAAGUGCUGCUGACGCUGCCGUACUCGUUCUCGCAGCUGGGGAUGAUGUCGGGGAUCAUCUUGCAGGUGUUCUACGGCCUCAUGGGGAGCUGGACCGCGUACCUCAUCAGUGUCCUCUACAUUGAGUACCGAAGCAGGAAGGAGAAGGAGAACGCCAGCUUCAAGAACCACGUCAUUCAGUGGUUCGAAGUGCUGGACGGGUUGCUGGGGCCGUACUGGAAAGCCUUGGGGCUCGCCUUCAACUGCACUUUCCUCCUCUUCGGCUCUGUCAUUCAGCUCAUCGCCUGCGCAAGCAACAUAUACUACAUCAACGACCACUUGGACAAGCGGACGUGGACCUACAUCUUCGGCGCCUGCUGCGCCACGACGGUGUUCAUACCCUCCUUCCACAACUACCGGAUUUGGUCCUUCCUCGGCCUCGGCAUGACCACCUACACCGCCUGGUACCUCACCAUCGCCGCCCUCGCCCACGGCCAGGUGGAGGGGGUGACGCACACGGGGCCGAACCAGCUGGUGCUCUACUUCACCGGCGCCACCAACAUCCUCUACACGUUCGGCGGCCACGCCGUGACCGUGGAGAUCAUGCACGCAAUGUGGAAGCCCCAGAAGUUCAAGUACAUCUACUUGAUGGCCACGCUGUAUGUCUUCACGCUGACGCUCCCGUCGGCCUCCGCCGUGUACUGGGCCUUCGGCGACCAGCUCCUCAACCACUCCAACGCCUUCUCGCUCCUCCCCAAGUCGAAAUUCCGCGACGCCGCCGUCAUCUUGAUGCUCAUUCAUCAGUUCAUAACGUUCGGGUUCGCGUGCACGCCGUUGUAUUUCGUGUGGGAGAAGGUGAUCGGGAUGCACGACACGAAGAGCAUGUGCAUGAGGGCGCUGGCGAGGCUGCCGGUGGUCAUCCCCAUCUGGUUCUUGGCCAUCAUCUUCCCCUUCUUCGGCCCCAUCAACUCCGCCGUCGGCGCCCUCCUCGUCAGCUUCACGGUCUACAUCAUCCCCGCCCUCGCCCACAUGCUCACCUACCGAAAGGCCUCCGCCCGCCAGAACGCCGCGGAGAAGCCGCCCAGGUUCUUACCGAGCUGGACGGCGAUGUACGUGAUCAACGCCUUCGUGGUGGGAUGGGUCCUGGUCGUGGGCUUCGGGUUCGGCGGCUGGGCCAGCAUGACCAACUUCGUCAGGCAGGUCGACACGUUCGGCCUCUUCGCCAAGUGCUACCAAUGCAAGCCCCCGCAACCACCCGCCGUCGCCGCGCCGCCGCACCCCUGAGCCGCCGCCGUUGCCGCCGCCCGCUGCCGUCCCAUGCGUCGAGCCCGCCUCUUCGAUUUUCCGGCCAUUUUCGAAACCAACCAAUCCUUUUUUUUCCAAUUUUCUUUCCGAUUCUCUUUUUAAGAAGAUCAUGUAACAUAUACAUGGGGAUAGUGGCAAUGAUUCUCUUCCCCUGGCAUGUGAUGUGUGCUGGAAUUUCCCUUCUUUUUCCUCCCCCCCCUCCUCAAUUUCUAUCUUUUUUCGCUUUUUAUAAUUUUGAUUUUUCCCCUUUGUCUUUAGAAAAUUAGUUGGUGAUACUAAUAUAUAGUGUGUGAAGAUUCCCUUUCUAUUAUUAAAGCAUCGGCCAUAAAUUAAAUUUAUGUAA